AUGGUGUUAGUGUUCAGUGAUGUAUCGCUCAGUGAAGAGUUACUAUUAGCAACAAAGUGCUGCCCAGACGAUGAGAUGCUGAACACCAACCUGCGAGAAUGUUACAAAAACCCCAUCACAUCGUACGACUCCUCGGAAGACAGCGUGGCCAACCGCGACACGACAAAUCCUGCGCGAGUGGAGUGGUUACCGGGUCACCUGCAACUUCGCAACAGCUCAACAGUGCGACGCGGUCAUUUCCCGAAGUGCUCCUCGCGCCUCACGUUGCGUCUGGUAGAUCCGCCGGCCGGGCGCGCGCAGCUCCUCGUCAACGGAACUCUCGUGCUUCUUUCGCCCACCGCCAGGGGCGCCGCCCAGCGGACGCUGUUCCGCCCCGAAGACUUCUGCAUGGACCUCGCGGCCGCUGACGGCCGCCGACAGCGCGUCUUCUUGCUGUGUCCGUGCGACGGCUUGCAGUGCGUGAGCAAGUGCUGCGCGUUUGGGUUCGCGAAAACUUGCGAAGGGUUACGAUGCGAGUGCGUCAAACACGCCGAGGAAUGGCAGCCGUUUCACAGCGGCAAUAUACACGCCUCUCCUACAAACAGUGUCGCGUACGAGAUCCUGGAAGCAAACGAGCCACCGUGCCCGCAAGGCUCCCAUUUGUGGUUCGACAAUCCCAUUUACAGACCUCGUCAUGUCCUGCUGCACUGGUGGCAAUACCCAAACGGACACUUGUUCAGGGAUAAUUUGGAGAAGUGCGGAGAAAUAGUCAUUCACAAUAACAGUCAGCUCUCCUAUACAACAAUAGGCUACUGCUACCUCUCUCUACCUUUCGACGGGUUUUUCGAACUGGGAUCGAUGUUGCACAUCCCCGCCGCAGCACUCCUCGCCCUCACCAUGAUCACAUUAGCGACUGCUUCAGAAAAGAGUGUGUCGGCGCAUGGCUGGGUCCACUAUAGGGCGAUGCAGUGCCACAUCGCAUCCUUGCUGGUGUCCAACACCAUUCUGGCCACGUACCUUCUUACUGAGGAUAAAACCAUGUUUUGCCUCACGACACCUAUGGCCAUGUAUUUCUCAUUAGUAUCCGCAGCCUUCUGGCUCAACGUUAUCUGUGUGAAUAUGACAUGUGGAUUUCGAUCGCCAAAAGCCACGCCCAUGAUUAACAGAAGAAGCGGGCGCAGAAUGUUUCUGUACUACUCAUACUACGCGUGUGGGUCAUCCGCCGUCAUGACAGCACUCACCGCUAGCAUGUGGUACGCUCAAGAGGUUCCACAUGGCUGGGUGCGACCAACUCUUAUGGAAACACGAAGAUGUUUCUGGGAGGACGUAGAUAAAAUGGCUAAUUACAAUACACAAUAA